AUGAUUCCCGGAAUUUCUGGUUCAAGCUCAGAGAGCUUAUUUGUAGCAGACAAUAUUGAUGCUAGUGACAAUAUCGAUCGUAACCUUGAUACGGAGCUCGAACUGCUAACUAUGAUGAAUGCUAUGAAUGCGCUAACUAUGGAUAUUAAUCCAGCUAGCAUUAAUAAGGGAUCCAUAUAUUCCAGCAUGAGCUGCAUAAGAUGGCUGCAGAAGGUGAGGAUUGAGGAAGAAUUUAAAGCGGAAGUAACCUCAAUUAGCAGGACUAAUCACAAAAAUCUAGUUCAAUUCAUGAGCAAUGGCUCUCUUGCAAACUUUCUGUUUGAAAAUUCGAGGCCCAACUGGGACAAAAGACCGCGGAUUGCAUUUGCAACAAUUUACUUGGUUUCAAAAUUUUCCCCAAACAGGCACAGCACUUGCUCCAAUACCGUAUUUCCUCCAACUGGGUUUCAAAAUUUUCCUCCAACACUUGGUUUCAAAAUUUUCCCCAACCGGCACAGGCAACAACAGCAAGAACAUGCUCCAUAG